AAAUUACCAUUACUUGAAGAUAAUUUAAUUGCAUUUGGUACUGAUGGUGAGAAAGCUUUGUACAAUCAGUUUCGAAAGAAAUUUAAAAUUGCUGUACAUGUUCGCUGCAUAGGUCAUUUCAGAGAAAACUGUAAAACACACUUGAAAGGGGUUUCUCUUAAGAACCAGAACAAGAUUUUGAAUGACAUAUUUGGUAAAAAUAUUGAAGAUACGUACUAUGGUGGUCUGAUUGAUUGUGAAAGUGAAGAUAUUUUCACAGCUACUUUAAAUUCUUCGAUUGAUGCUUGGCAUGCCAUUGUUCCGGAUAGAUUUAUUGCAUGGUUCAGAACCGUAAUUCCAGAAAUCCUUUCAAGCAUGCUGGCACCAGUGCGGGAAAAAGCUGGUUUGG